AUGAACAAAUUGCAUUUGCAAUUCAGAAAGUAGAAAUAUUAAAUACUCCAUCCCCCGGGACGCACACAUGUAGUAAUGACAAAGGAUUGCAAAGGAGAGAGUGGCUCCAGUUUCCCAGAGAGAUCCCCUUAAAUGGAUUACUAAAUGGGACACUACAUCAGCUAGUUCUGUCCUCUAGCUGCCCAGAUACAUGCACCGAAAAGGGUGAAGUGAAGAAGUGAAGCCUCCCAGCUGAACUACUAUGAGGUCAGAAGCCUUGCUGCUAUAUUUCACACUGCUACACUUUGCUGGGGCUGGUUUCCCAGAAGAUUCUGAGCCGAUCAGUAUUUCGCAUGGCAACUAUACAAGACAGUAUCCGGUGUUUGUGGGUCACAAACCAGGGCGGAACACCACGCAGAGGCACCGGCUGGACAUCCAGCUGGUCAUGGUCAUGAACAGGACCCUCUACGUUGCUGCUAGGGACCAUAUUUAUACUGUUGAUAUGGACACAUCACAUACAGAAGAAAUUUAUUUUAGCAAAAAAUUGACAUGGAAAUCUAGACAAGCUGAUGUAGACACAUGCAGAAUGAAGGGAAAACAUAAGGAUGAAUGUCAUAAUUUUAUUAAGGUUCUCCUAAAAAGAAAUGAGGAUACAUUGUUUAUCUGUGGAACAAAUGCAUUCAACCCUUCUUGCAGGAACUACAAGAUGGAUACCCUGGAGUUCCUGGGAGAUGAAUUCAGUGGAAUGGCCAGGUGCCCCUAUGAUGCAAAGCAUGCCAACGUUGCAUUGUUUGCAGAGGGAAAGCUGUAUUCUGCCACAGUGACCGACUUCCUUGCGAUAGAUGCAGUCAUAUACCGGAGCCUUGGAGACAGCCCAACGCUGCGGACAGUUAAACAUGACUCAAAGUGGUUGAAAGAGCCGUACUUUGUCCAGGCAGUGGACUAUGGCAACUACAUUUACUUCUUCUUCCGGGAAAUAGCAGUGGAGUACAACAGCAUGGGAAAGGUAGUUUUCCCAAGGGUGGCUCAGGUUUGCAAAAAUGACAUGGGAGGAUCUCAGAGAGUGCUGGAGAAACAGUGGACUUCCUUUCUCAAGGCUCGUUUGAACUGCUCAGUUCCUGGCGAUUCACACUUCUACUUUAACAUACUGCAGGCAGUAACAGAUGUUAUCCAUUUCAAUGGCCGGGAUGUUGUUUUAGCAACCUUCUCCACUCCAUAUAAUAGCAUCCCCGGCUCUGCGGUCUGUGCCUAUGACAUGCUUGACAUUGCCAAUGUAUUUACUGGGAGAUUUAAAGAACAAAAAUCUCCAGAUUCCACAUGGACACCAGUUCCUGAUGAACGAGUGCCCAAGCCCAGACCUGGUUGCUGUGCCGGCUCUACGUCAUUAGAAAAAUAUGUGACCUCUAAUGAGUUCCCGGAUGAUACUCUGAACUUCAUCAAAACACAUCCACUGAUGGACGAGGCUGUACCUUCCAUUGUCAAUCGACCCUGGUUCCUGAGAACAAUGGUCAGAUAUCGCCUGACCAAAAUUGCUGUGGACUCUGCUGCUGGGCCGUAUCAGAACUACACCGUGGUUUUCUUGGGAUCAGAGAAGGGAAUCAUCCUGAAGUUCUUGGCACGGACAGGAAACAGUGGUUUCCUAAAUGAUAGCCUUUUCCUGGAGGAGAUGAACGUUUACAAUCCUGAAAAGUGCAGCUACGAUGGUGUGGAGGACAAGCGGAUAGUGGGCAUGCAGCUUGACAAGCCCAGCAGCGCCCUGUACGUCGCCUUCUCCACCUGUGUCAUCAAGGUUCCCCUGGGACGUUGCGAGCGUCACGGCAAAUGCAAAAAGGCCUGCAUAGCGUCCCGAGACCCCUACUGUGGAUGGGUGAAGGAGAGCGGGGCAUGCACACAGCUGGUCCUUGGCUCCAAACUGGCAUUUGAACAGGACGUAGAACAUGGCAAUACAGAUGGCCUGGGUGACUGCCAAAAUUCCUUCGUAGCCCUGAAUGGACACUCCAGUUCCCUAGUCCCAAGCACCACCACUUCUGACUCUCGUGCUCGACAGGGUUAUGAUGGUAGGGGACGCAUGCUGGAUUGGAAGGAUCCGCUUGGUUCAUCUGAAAAUACAGAUCCAUAUGUGGCAGUUUCAUCCCAUAAUCAUCAAGACAAGAAGGGAGUGAUUCGUGAGAGUUACCUGAAGGGUCACGAUCAGCUGGUGCCCGUCACGCUGUUGGCCAUUGCUGUUAUUCUUGCUUUUAUCAUGGGGGCCGUCUUUUCGGGAAUCAUAGUGUACUGCAUCUGCGACCAUCGCCGCAGAGACGUGGCUGUUGUGCAGAGGAAGGAGAAGGAGCUGACCCACUCCCGCCGAGGCUCCAUGAGCAGCGUUACCAAGCUCAGUGGCCUCUUUGGGGAUGCUCAGUCCAAGGAGCCAAAGCCUGAAGCUAUCCUCACGCCUCUGAUGCACAAUGGCAAGCUGGCUACCCCAGGCAGCACUGCCAAGAUGCUAAUCAAAGCUGACCAGCACCAUCUGGACCUGGCCGCCCUGCCAACCCCGGAGUCCACCCCAACCCUGCAACAGAAGAGAAAGCCCAGCCGUGGCAGCAGGGAGUGGGAGAGAAACCAGAACCUCAUCAAUGCCUGCACAAAAGAUAUCCCCCCGAUGGCCUCGCCCGUGAUCCCAACUGACCUGCCGCUCAGGGCUUCUCCUAGCCACAUUGCCAGUGUUGUGGUCCUGCCCAUAGCCCAGCAAGGCUACCAGCAUGAGUAUGUUGACCAGCCAAAAAUGAGCGAUGGGGCUCAGAUGUCCGUGGAGGACCAGAAUGCCACCCUUGAGUACAAAACUAUCAAGGACCAUCUCAGUAGCAAAAGCCCCAGCCAUGGGGUUAACCUGGUGGAAAAUCUCGACAGCAUGCCACCAAAAGUACCCCAGCGGGAAGCUUCCCUCGGGCCCCCGAGCGCCUCGCUGUCACAGAGUGGCUUGAGCAAGCGGCUGGAGAUGCACUCCUCUGCUUACAACGUGGACUACAAGAGAAGCUACCCUACAAACUCGCUCACAAGAAGUCACCAGACGUCAACCCUCAAAAGAAACAACACUAACUCCUCUAACUCGUCCCACCUCUCCCGCAAUCAGAGCUUCGGCCGGGGUGACAACCCGCCACCGGCCCCGCAGCGAGUGGACUCGAUACAAGUCCACGCCGCCCAGGCACAGGCUGUGACUGUAUCUCGGCAGCCGAGUCUCACCGCCUACAACUCGCUGACGAGGUCGGGGUUGAAACGCACGCCCUCGCUAAAGCCAGACGUACCUCCCAAACCUUCCUUUGCUCCGCUCUCCACGUCCAUGAAGCCCAAUGACGCGUGUACAUAAUCAGAGUGGGGGGGGGGGGUGUGGAAGAGGACAGCAAUUAAGCAGAGGUUGCCCUUGAAAGCCAGUGUUCUGCAACUGUUAUCACUCGCUCCUCUGAGAAGAUGGUUGUUGCAAGCUGAAGAUGUGUUGG